CUCCCGUCGGUCCUACGGUCUCUCGGUUGCCUUCCAUGCGCCAUUGUUUGGUUGCCUGCCUGGACGUUGUAUUCUGAAGAUGGCGACCGAGCGUUCUCUAGGUGCCCUGUUACGGUCGCUCCAGUCGCCAUCCGAUCUUCAAGAUGCCUUUACAUUGCUUCCGACGGCGACCGGCCUCCUGUACACUCUUGCGAACCCCUUGAACUUGAGUCUCCUGUCGUCACAAUUGCUUGCGGCACCCGCGAUAUGGGACCACGCGGUCGAUCUCCACGCCUGCCGGAAGAUCCUCAGCGUAUUCAACACGGCUGCCAUCGCAUUCGUGCAGAAUGAGACCUCCGACGACCCGAGGAUCCCUUAUGUCAAGCCCCAGAAGAUUGAGCGGGAAGCGUGGGUGAAAGCCGUUGUCAGCGGAGCGGAUGACAAGUCGCCGCGAUGGCGACACGUGCUCCUCAUCGGGGGUCUCUUGCUGGGCUUCGAAGGCCAGAAUAGACAGGGGCUAUCGUGGAAUGUUCGCAAGAAGCUAGAAAUGGCACUUGUGACGGCUGCGCAGCUGGCGCUGGAAGAACUGGACGCCGACAAUGAGAUCGAGGGCCUGUGCGUCACUAUGGUGCUGAAUUAUUCCUUCGAAUUGCUCUCGGAUUACGAACGGACGAUGAUCAACUAUGACCGUUUGCUCCCUGUGCUAAUGCACGGUGUUUAUUCGACCUCGGAGGGGCUUGAGGGGGGAUACUUCCUGGGAACGGUGGAUAAAGACAUCGUCGAGGCGCCUGGGAAACGAUUCCAGUGGCCGGAGCAUUCUAUUACUUUCGCGCGUAUCACGGCAAUCUCGUCCAGCCCGCUUAUAUCUGCGCUUGGUCCGCUUUCUCGGCUCAUUUCACAUGCCAUUGAGAAUGUUCGGGAUCCAGGCUUGGUGGCCCGGUCUGUGGAUCAUCUUGCCGAUUUCGUCCGGACCUUGAUGGUGCAGUGGCGCCAGAACAAGUUAUCGGAGGUUGAUCGAGCAGAAGAGGCCGAGUUCCUGGAUGCGGAUUCUUUGAAGAACACGAUCCCGAGCCUGUGGAAGCUGCUUCGGAAUUGCUUGUAUUCCGUUGUGAUUGUACUGCGAGCUGUCCUGGGACGGGUUCUCAAUGAUCAUGUGUUGGCAGCUAAUAGAAGUGCACCAUAUCUAUCUAUGCAAUCCCUGCACAUUCUCCGCAAUCUUUACUUCGUUUCGUCUCGCAUUGGCCCGAAUGCGUCUUCUCAGCACAUGUUCGUGACUUUGACCGCGGUGGAUAUCCUCGCGCAAUACCCAGAUCUUACCGAGAACUUUUUGAAAAGCAUCAAGCCCAACGAACUGGGCCAGAUCCCUGCCCAUCCGCUUGAACGGUGUCUCGAUCUGUAUUUCCUGAACACAGCGGAGCUUUUCACCCCUGUCCUGUCGUCGAAAUUCAGCGAGGACCUCCUCAUUUGCGCCGCAGUCCCGUAUCUCCCGGCCGGCGGAAACAACCAUCUUCUCGAGAUCUUUGAAGCCGCACACAGCGUGGUUCUCGCCGUGUUCGCGAUCCCGAACAAUGCAAGCGUGGCGGCCACUCAUCUUCCAUUCUACAUCCAAAACCUCUUUGCCGUCUUCCCCGACAACCUCUCCAUCCGCCAAUUCCGACUUGCAUUCAAAACCGUCCUCCAAGUCACCGCACCCCCCUCCCCCAUCGCAAACCAACAACCCCUCCUCCCCUCCAUCCUGCUCGAAGUCCUCUACGACCGCGCCCACCACGCAUCCGACAAAGUCCUCCCCCAGCCUUCCUCCACUCCCUCUCUCGACAUGGAGCGCCCGCCCCCUCCCCUCUCCGAGCAAGCAGCCCUCACCCUCUCUUUGGUCGACGGCCUCUGCUUCCUUCGCGUCGAGGACCUCGAAGAAUGGCUCCCCCUCACCGCCUCCCUCAUCAACGUCAUCCCCGACCCGGAAAUGCGCGCCGCCUGCGUCGAACGCUUCUGGGAGGCGCUAAGCAGCGGCGAGAUGGAUGUCGACAGAGCCCACUACUGCGUUACCUGGUGGAGUACCAAGGGGGGUCGCGAGCUGGUUCUGUUCGGUCCCGAGGCGGCUGCAUCCGAGCAGGCGGAUUCUCAGGGCGCGUAUAUGAGUGGUGCGGUUGGGGGAGUUGCGCCGGAGAGUAAGCUUUAGAUGUCGAUGUCUUGUGGUAGGAUGGUGGUUGAAGCGAGGUUUUGUUUUGUUUUGUUUCUUACAGCGAGCUUUUGUUUUUUUUUGGAUGCUGAUACCAGGUGAUUUGUUAGAUUGCUUGUACAUAAAUAGAUAAGGUACCUAGCUAUGCACUAUGCUAUGAGUUUAUGUUAC